UUCUAUCGCACGGACGAUACAGAAAUAAGCCCAGGAUUUAGUCGUUUCGGGGUCGUAUUACAAAUUUACAAGAGACGUGCUAAUUCAUAUAUAGAUAUACAUACCUAUAUACAUUGAAAUUUUGUAUGGUUUGCUAAAGUCAGUACAUCGAUCUCUAUUGCAAAAAAUGGCUGCCAAUUUUUGGACAUCGUCUCACUACAAAGAACUUCUGGACCCGGAAGAGGUGGACGUUGUGAACCCCCUUGACAAGGAGAAGGGCAUCACUCUUGAGGAUUCCAAGCUCAUCAAGAUGCACAUGGCCAAUUACAUUGGGAGAUUGGCUCAAAGUGUGAAAGUGAGGCAAAGGGUCGUAGCCACUGCUAUUACAUACAUGAGACGUGUUUACACCAGGAAAAGUAUGACAGAAUAUGAUCCACGUCUAGUGGCUCCAACCAGCUUAUAUCUGGCAUCAAAAGCUGAAGAAAGCACAGUGCAGGCUAGACUUCUUGUAUUUUACAUCAGAAAAAUGCAUUCAGACGAUAAGUUUAGAUAUGAAAUCAAAGACAUACUUGAAAUGGAAAUGAAGAUUUUAGAAGCCCUCAACUAUUAUCUAGUUGUGUUCCAUCCUUACCGUGCAUUAUCACAGUUGCUUCAGGAUGCUGGCAUGAAUGAUGCAACUCAGUUUACUUGGGGACUCGUCAAUGACACCUAUAAGAUGGAUCUAAUCCUCAUACAUCCUCCGCACUUGAUUGCAUUAGCUUGCUUAUAUGUUGCCAGUGUCCUCAAAGAUAAAGAGAACACAGCCUGGUUUGAAGAGCUUCGAGUUGAUAUGAAUGUGGUGAAAAACAUAUCGAUGGAGAUACUGGAUUUUUAUGACAACCAGAAAACAAUCCAGGAUGGUAGGAUUGUUGUUGCCAUGAACAAGCUUGCUUGAAAACCGUAUAUGGUUGGGAAAAUUCAAUCUCUUGUGAUGACCAAAAGCUGUACUUAUUUAUCUGAAAUUAUGUAUACGGGCACCAUGUUUAUGAGAAUGAGACCAUCAGUUCUAUGCCAUCCUUCAAGGUCAGCUCUAGUUUAGUGAGCUAAAACGAUUGAGAGUGCUUUGAGCAUUGGUAACAUUUUCUGAAAUUACUAUGGUCCGGUGUUAGAAAUGGCGAAUGUUGUCAAAGUCGGUCAUGCGUACCGUGGCAUAGAAAAUUUAGUUGAUCAAUCUGUCAUGUAGCUUUGGAGCGUUGUCCUUUUAUUAAUUAUUGCAAAUGGUUUCAUGUAAACGUACUCAUCUAGUAAAAAAACUUCUCAUUUUCUUCUUC